GUGAAAAUGAGAAAAAUUGAUCCUGUUGGGUUCUUCAAGUCCACAAAGAAAACCAUUGAACGAAUGACAGAAGUGACAAAUAAACAUUUCCUGACACCAGAACUAUAUCUGCGACUGGUCACUCCCAACUGUCCUUUAUGGAAAGCCAGCUAUGAAGAAUGCCCUGUACCUGAUCCUUUUUGGGCCUUCUAUUGGCCUGGAGGCCAAGCUUUGACAAGAUAUUUAAUGGACAAUAAAAACAUAAUUUACAACAAGAAAGUGCUGGACCUCGGUAGCGGCUGUGGUUCUCUUUCCAUCGCAGCAGCAAAAUUAGGAGUAGCAACAGAGAUCACUGCUAACGACAUUGAUCCUGUUGCUGCUGUGGCGAUAUCAAUGAAUGCAAGUUUAAACUUAUGCAGUCCACAUAGUAUAAAUAUUAUAACCGAGAAUUUGAUAGAAUCAGAUCCCACUGUGAACAAAUUUGACUGCAUUCUGGUUGGUGAUAUGUUUUACAAUGAAGAUUUUAACACAAAAUUAAUGAAAUGGCUUCUUUACCAUGUUGAAAAUGAAACACAGAUUUUUAUAGGAGAUCCUGGCAGGUACCCCAAGAUAUUUGAAGAAUGUAAGGGAGCCUUAGAACGUGUCGCAGAAUACCCUAACACUGAUGAGAAUAUGAAAAUAAAUGGUUCCAACACCAAUGUCAUCAACGUCUGGAAAAUGUUCUGCCCUACAGAGCCGAAAACCACUAAAAUCAUUAACCCUCAGACUAUCAGCUGACACUAUAGAAAUUGAAAUACUCAGAAAUAACUAAUACUCAAUAGGAUUAACUCUAAAAGUGGCAGUCUGAAGUUCCCUGGAUGACCAUCUAUUUUCGGUUUUGAUACAUAAAUUUAUUAAAUCCUGUAUUAAAUAAAUAUUAUGCAACCAGA